AUGGUUGUGUCACACACUCACUUAUACAAAAAGUUAGAAGAAUAUGGUCAUGAUUACAACAAAUCAGUGUUAGAUGUUAAGAAAGAUGAAUGUGAUUGGCUCAACUCACAACAGUCCACCCCAAAUGUAUCACAUGAAAAAGAUGCUGAGUCUGAAGAGUCAACAUCCAGUGAUGACUCUUCAGCUGAAAGUGAAUCCAAUGAAUCCGAUGGAUUGAAAGCUACAGCCAGCAACAAGCCUGGAGAAUCAGAUGACAUGUUAAACUAUCAGAGGGCACUGAUGGAAUAUGGGAUGCUGGUUGCAAAUUUGCAAGAUGCUAUUUGUGAAGGAGAUGGAUUGAGAGUGGCAGAUGUAUCAGUAGCUCAAAAAAGACCGUGUGUUCCUGAAGGCAAUACUCCUGGAAAACCAGCUGCAAAAGUUCGCACACGAACAGAAUCAGGAGCUGGUCGUAAAAGAUGUUUAUUUGGUGGAUCAUGCCGUUCAAGAGUGAGUAAGCAUUUGGCAAAACAUUAUGCAACACUCACAGAAGCAGCUCUGGGAAUAGACUAUGUGCUUGAUGAAUCCAUUGUGAAAACCUCCAUGAUGAAAUUGCGUGAUAAAUUGCUUGGUUACUUCAAAGAGUUGUACAGUAAGAAACGGAUUGCUGCUACCCAUCUCAUGAUAUUCAUGAUCUCAGAUGAACUGCGCAACACCAAGCCCUAUGCUGUUCCGGUGAGGUUUAUGCCUUAUAGUUCCAUAACUGAUGCCAAACUGAGAGAGCUUGAACUGCAAAUCGAGGAUGCUAUGGUUACUGUGAACAUGGUAGCUGUUGGUUUUACAACAGAUGGUGAAUUCAACUCGCUCAGGACAAACGGGAAAAGCCGACCUGUUUCCGUUAUUGAAAUCAUCAAAAAUGCUAAGAAGAAAGCUACGAGCCUCAGUGUUGGUGCUAUUACCAAGUUCUUUACACUGGAUCCAAAUGGAAAUCUUAUCAAACAACAUCCCUCAGUGCCAGUGCAAGACGUAAAUCUAUUGUGUGAAUUGAUGUCAUCUGGAGAUAAACCAAUGGCAUUCUAUGCUGCGCUUCUGAUACUUAGAAGAACGUUGUUUCCGUUCUGUCACGACCCAAACCCUUGGGUUAAAGGAAGACAAGAAACAAUUGGCGAAGUUUUGAAGUCGCUGAUGGAAAUUUACCUCUACCGUUCCAGUUUCCAAGAGUUAAAGAACAAUCUGGACAGUCCCGCGGAUUUCUACAAUUUUAUGUACCAGCCUGAGAAGGAUGUCCGCACCAACGAGUAUGUCCAUCAUCGCGAAGACCACAACCAUUUAUUGAAACGAGUGAUCUCACGCGUCCGAGAAGGCUACAUUCCAAAUUUCGACUUGCGUUGUUUAAGAGAAGCUCUGUGUGAUCCCUCGACCGGUUUAACUUACGAGGCUCUCACCGGAAAAAAUAAACAGUCCGUUCCCGAUUGUGAGCGCAUGAUUUCCCAAGGUGUUAUUCAGUUUUUAAAUACGCGCGGGUACAGUAAUGAAGCAAGAGUGUUGGAGAUAUUUCGACACUGGCAUUUGGCUGCAGAUGGAAGAGGAAUUAGUGAAGAAGUUCGUUUCAGCUAUCUUAAAGAAAUGAAAGACUGGAUUCUGGACGAUUGGAUGCCAUGGCACAAUGCUGACAAUGAUUAUUCGUUUCUGGAUGUUAACCGACCAAUCAAAGGUAUCUGUGGUCUCACACGUGAGCUGAUUGUUGGCCUUACAGCUAACCUCGAAAGUCGGGAACUGCGGAGAAUAGAGUACAUCAAAAGAGGGUUGCGUCCGGAGCAUCCAAGAGCAUCUUCAAGUGAUGAUGUAGAAGGCUUUGUGGCACUUUUGCACAAAGUACUUGGUCUGGCGUUUGACCUCAAGCAGUUUUACAGCGAAUCGACAAAGAUCUUGAAUGAGUUCAAGAAAAGAAUAGAUCCAAAGCUAGCGUUCUAUUAUUGGACAGGCGUAAAAGAUCGUUAUAGAGAUUUUGAGCUGCCGUCGUUUAACCAGCCCACUGGUCCAGGAAUUGUUGAAAGGUUGGACAAACAAUGA